AUGGCUUUUGGAACUAAACUCACACCAUCAUUGGAGAAACCAACAGCUGAUACAACACUCUAUCGACAGAUGAUUGGAUCUCUGAUUGUGAUUCUCGAUGGCAAAGCUAAGAAAUUCUUGAUGCACCGUGAUAUCAAUCCAAUUUACUUCCCCAAAGGUAAGCCCUUUGGAGAUGCACACGAUACUCCUGUCAUGUUGCCAUCAUGGUUAUCUGAACAAGAUGUUGAUUAUUACACCAAAAAGUUCGAGCAAACUGGGUUCACAGGAGGAAUAAACUACUACCGUUCUAUGGACCUAAACUGGGAACUGGAAGCACCAUGGACAUAUGCUAAAGUAAGUGUACCAGUGAAAUUCAUUGUUGGGGAGUUAGAUUUGGUGUAUCAUAACCCAUGGGUCAAGGAAUACAUAAAUGGUGGUGGAUUCAAGAAAUAUGUGCCUUUGUUGGAUGAAGUUGUGGUGAUCCAAGGUGCAACUCAUUUCAUCACUCAAGAAACACUAGACAAGGUCAACAAACACAUUUAUGACUUCCUCCAGAAGUUCUAA